AUGGCCAACCCACCACAGGUGCCCCAGCACGUCACUGCAUUGCUCUCCCACCUCACCUCCCGCCCAGGGGUACAAUCGACCCUGAUCCUCUCCCGCAAAGACGGCUCAAUCAUCCAAAGAACCGGCCAGCUCGCCCCCCAAGAACCCACCUCACGUCCAGCACCUACAACCAGCGAACAAACCACACCCCCCUCCGACACAGACCCCGCUCCCGUCCCAGCACAAAUACCCCAAGUCUCGCAAGCAGAGGCCCUAGCCGCGCACAUCUUCGCCUUCGUCUCAAGCGCCUCCGCAUUGGGCGUCUCGCUCUCAAACCCUACCCCUCAGUCCUCGGAUGUUCUCCCCCCCUCUACCUCUACACCAGCUCUAGACGGUGAAUCUAAUUACGGGAACGGAUCUCGCACACCGCGCGAGGAGGAUCGAGACGAGAAUACAGAUCGCGAGGAAGAUGAGGAGGUAAAGCUUUUGCGUAUGCGCACGCGGAAGCAUGAGAUUGUCGUUGUACCGGAUCGCAAAUAUUUGCUUUGUGUUGUGCAUGAUGCUUCGCAUGCGAGCGGGGGGCCUGGUGCCAGGGGAACUCGUUCUUCGCGGUGA